AUGAGGAAGAAGAUGCCUACGAAGGUGGAUCUUAAGUUUCCAUUCAAUUGCAGUGAGAUCAUUCAACGAGAGAAGGCGGUUAAGCAGAGGGAUCCCAGCCAAUUCAUCACCAGGUAUUCAAUUGGGCAAGGAAAGGUGGACAAGGCUCUAUGCGAUCUUGGAGCUAGUAUCAACAUCAUGUCACUCAAGUACUACGAAAAGCUCAACAUCGGACCACUUAUAAUUGCAGAUUGCACGAUUAGGUUGGCCGAUAACUCUGCAAUCAAGGCGGUGGGCAUGAUCGAGGAUGUGUUGGUAGAUGAUUUCAUUUUUCCCGCUGAUUUCAUUAUACUUGAUAUGAAAGUUGAUAAGAAUGUGCCUCUAAUCCUCGGCAAAGAUAUUCUAGCCACAAGGAAAGCUCUUAUUGAUGUAGGUAGAGGGGAGAUCACGCUUAGCGACAAUACUAGCAAGUCCACCUACAAUAUAGAAAACGAAGUGCUAAAAUACGAGGAGGCACAAAGAGCCAAGAUGGAGUACGGGUGA